CUUAAACAUGGCGGCGAGCGGGGACCGUGCGGAGACCUCUGUGAGGAAAAGACGAGGAAGAGCAGGCGGAGAGCAGAGCAGAGGCGAGGCAGAGUCCGCACCAAGCAGCGGAGAAGAUGGAGAAAAAGGCAGCAGAGCCUCGGAGAAAGACGAGCCGCUUCUGUCCUUACAGCCCGGGACUUUCUGGCUCACUCGCAUUGUGCUGCUGCGCUCCGUCGCUUUUAUUUACUUCGUGGCCUUCAGUGUUGCAUACAACCAGAACAAGCAGCUGAUAGGUGAGCACGGCCUGAUGCCCUGUAAGAGCUACCUCAACAGUGUCAAGCGCUAUGUUGGGGGAAAGAUAGGCAUGGCCGCCUUGGCGUACGCCCCCUCCGUUCUGUGGUUCUUGGACUGGAGCGACAUGGACGCCAACCUGGAUGGCAUCGCCCUGCUGGGGAUGGCGGUGUCGGGGUUCGUCCUGGUGACGGGCAUGGCCAAUGUGGUGAUCAUGUUCACACUGUGGGUGCUAUAUCACUCCCUGGUCAAUGUAGGACAGCUGUGGUACUCCUUUGGUUGGGAGAGCCAGCUCUUAGAGACAGGCUUUCUGGCCAUUUUCUUGUGUCCGGUGUGGACUCUGUCCCAGGUUCCUCGCCGCUGUCCCCCCUCCCUCAUCUGUAUCUGGACCUUCAGAUGGCUCAUUGUUCGCAUCAUGCUUGGGGCUGGUCUUAUUAAAAUAAGAGGGGACAAAUGCUGGAGAGACCUCACCUGCAUGGACUACCACUAUGAGACGCAGCCAGUUCCCAAUCCCAUUUCAUACUACAUGCAUCGCUCUCCGUGGUGGUUCCACCGCUUUGAGACAUUGUCGAACCACUUCAUCGAACUCGUUGCCCCGUUCUUCACCUUCCUUGGCAGGCGGAUGUGUAUGGCAAAUGGAGUAAUCCAGAUUCUUUUCCAGGUGGUUUUGAUAGUCAGUGGGAACCUCAGCUUCCUCAACUGGCUCACCAUUGUUCCCAGUUUGGCGUGCUUUGAUGAUGCAUCGCUGGGCUUCUUGUUUCGUUCUGGGGCUGGAGCCAAGAAGGCAGUGCUGGAGAUACAGAGCGAGGAUGUAGCUGGACGCACGCCAGCACCUGCCAAAGGUAUGUUGAUUCGCCGGGUGGUGAACAUUUCUUUGGCCAUUCUGAUUGGCUACCUGAGCAUCCCCGUGGUGAUGAACCUGCUGAGUUCCAGGCAGGUGAUGAACACGUCCUUCGACCCGCUGCGCAUUGUUAACACCUACGGGGCCUUUGGCAGCAUCACUAAGGAGCGUACUGAGGUGAUUUUCCAGGGCACUCUGAGCCCAGAUCCCAAGGACCCUGAAGCAGUGUGGGAGGAGUAUCAGUUCGUGUGUAAGCCAGGGGACGUGUACCGGCGACCGUGCCUCAUAUCGCCGUACCACUAUCGACUGGACUGGCUCAUGUGGUUCGCUGCCUUCCAGACCUACGAGCAGAGUGAGUGGGUGAUCCACAUAGCAGGACGCCUGCUGUCCAACGACAGCACCGUCCUCUCACUUCUCGACCACAACCCUUUCCGAGGCAGAGACUCACCCAGGUGGGUUCGGGGAGAGCAUUUCAGAUACAAGUUCAGCCAGCCGGGCAGUGCCAGCGCAGCACAAGGCAAGUGGUGGCUGAGAAAACGCAUCGGAGCUUACUUCCCUCCUGUGGACUUGGAAGGACUCAGGGGAUACUUCCAAUCCAGGAACUGGCCCCAUCCACAUGUACCGCGGAACAGAAAGUGAAGCCAUGACAGCUAAAGGGAGCCCCGGAUCACAGUGCCAAGAAGGGUUUAUUGAAGAACUGUUUGAUAAAACCUUUCAUGAAAUCAUAUAUCUGCACAUUUAAUGAUACAAUGGUUUUUGUAAAGCUUUGAAUUGAAGUGUGUAAAAAACUCAGUAAAAAGCCCAACAUUUGAAUGACUGAAAUUUCUAUAUUAAAGGAUCUGCCCACAGAGGUAA